AGGGCUCCUACCCAGGACUUCUCCACAGCAUCCUCAGGAGCAGCCUUCUCUUACCUGCUCCACAUCUGGUAAAAUUCCUGCCAAGAUGUCCUGCCAGCAGAACCAGCAGCAGUGCCAGCCCCCACCCAAGUGCCCCUCACCCAAGUGCCCCCCGAAGAGCCCAGCACAGUGUCUGCCUCCAGCCUCCUCCUGCUGUGCUCCAAGCCCUGGGCGCUGCGGUGGCCCCAGCUCUGAGGGAGGCUGCUGCCUGAGCCACCACAGGCACCACAGGUCCCAUCGAUGCCGGCGCCAGCGCUCCAACUCCUGUGGCAGGGGCAGUGGUCAGCAGAGUGGGGGCUCCUCCUGUGGCCAUGGCUCUGGGGGCUGCUGCUGACGUGGGUCCUAAUGAUAAGAUAAGUGAUCUUUGGAAGAAACAAGAAUCCCAAGGGCCCAGGAAAAGCCCCAUCCUGAUGAGUGCUUUCCCAGAUGACUUGUUCUGGCCUCCACAAGCUGAGCUGGGGGUGCUCCUCUUGAGUAUCCAAGCUGUCCCCAGAAGGUGCUUUCUUUCUGAAGUCCAGGAUUUCAAACAUUUCCGUUUCCUCAUCCCUGUCCCUGCCAAGAACUGGCAGUUCCUGUACAUAACCCCGCCAAAAAAAUACAGCUUCUUGUUCCCAUUACCACUGGUGUCUCACUUGUUAUGAAAUUGUCCAGAAUGUAUCCAUCCAGGC